CGGCCGACACACCGGACUGGCGGAGGCGUCCCAGGAGACCCAAUCUCGCCCUUCCACGCGCGCACACAGCUCCCAUGCGACAAGACCGCAGCGAGCACCGGCGCCCCGAGUCGCGGAUAGAAGCCUGCCUCGGCACGCAGCGGACAAGCCCUCGGAGACGACGAAUCGACGAGAACACGAGAUGAGACUCGCACGGCGGCGGAGACGCGAGGCGACGUACCGCGUCGACACCAGGCAAGUCCACAGCUCACGUCCCGCCCCGACUCGUGCUCAUAACCCCUUCUGUAGGCUUGCGAUCCGCUGUCUCUCGAGCCUGAAUGUCGCCGUGAAGGCCCGUCCGCGCCCACGUCGCAGGUGCGGAAAGACCGCGCAGAGACGACCCCUCGAUGCUUGCGGGACCGGCAGCGUCGAUACUAUUGAGGUAGGGUCCCAAUCAUCUUCGCAUUGAUUUGUGCUCACCAGGCUCCCACAGCGCCUGUGUUUCGACCUCGCCCAAUGAUGUUUACUCUCGGGAAUAUCAAUUUCGCAGAUCUCGCGAAGCUGCAGAGCGCUCCCGCACACGCAUCCGUCCUCGUACGAGAAGACUGCGGUGGCACACAAUACACCAGCGUCCCGAGUCGUGUACGAAAGGCUUCCUUUGCGCAUCGAGAAGGCCGGUCUCGUUGACACCAAUCAGGUUCGUCU